AUGUCAAUUAUAAUUGAACAUUAUGGGCAAUGGACCAAUAAUAAUACACUUAUUGAUAAAAGAAGUACCCCGAUUAUAUCACGCAGAAGGAAAAAUUUACAUCAAGCUACUCUUCGAGUAGCUAUGGUUACGCGCGAUAAUAAAAGCCUAGCAGAACUGUACACCUACAAAACGCCUAAUGUAAAUACAAUUCCUAAAGCCGAUUUUAUAUUAACACAAGUUAUUCUUGAAUACUUCAACUGUACCGGUUCGUAUCUGUUUACGGAUACUUUUGGUGGACCUGCUUACACUAAUACUCCACCAAAAGGAAUAUUUAAACUUGUAUUAGAAAAAAAGGCUGAUAUAGGUUCCAGUUUUCUUGUAAUGGCAAGUCGUUUGAAUGUAAAAUAUAUAUUUCCAAGUUCAGAAAUCCAAGCAAAAAUAAUAUUUAGACGACCACGAUUAUCUUAUGUUGAAAAUUUAUUUACUUUAACUUUUGCUGGUUCUACAUGGAUUGCAAUUGCUGUACUUACAUUGGUUAUCAUUAUUUUACUGGCUGUCCGUGAAUUAACCGGCGGUUUUGCGAAAAAAUAA